AUGCUGCGCAGGCGCACAUUUUCAUGUGGAAGCACGCCACCCAGGAAAAAAGAGCCGAAAAAUUCACAGAGACAUUUUCAAUUUCGCGGUUCAAAGUGGUCAUUCUUUGUAAGAUUUUAUUGCACUUUCCCUGAACCCGUCUUCAAGAUGGCGUCUAGAGCGAAUGCACGAAUAAAAUCCUACAAGAACAAGGCCUUAGAUUCGCAAGAAAUGAGGCGAAGGCGCGAAGAAGAAGGGAUCCAACUUCGAAAGACUAAACGAGAAGAACAAGUGAGUGAUGUACAAAAUUCAAAAUUGACAGCGUGCAUGGUACAUGAUAUUCUUAUUGAUUCUGUCUUUAUUUGGUAAAUGUAACGUUUUUCCUCUCUCCUUGGUAUUUUUUGCUAGAUGUUUAAAAGAAGAAAUGUUGAUUUGACAAAGUCCAUGAGUCAGACUAGUGAACUGGAGGCCCUUCUAACCACGAACCACGUUGGUCAGGUAAUCAUUUACAUGUCGCAAUGUUUCACUACAUGGUUUCAUUGUCGUAGUAAAGCCUUAGAGAGUAAUAGUAUGAUUGUCAUGUUAUGUUACGAGCCUUUUUUGAAGUCACUUUUAAAUUCAGGUGACGAAGACUUAAGUGUCUGCUGUCUUGAAUUGAGAAGUCCGAUCUAUUUUAAGCUUUUUUUUAAAAGAAAUUUUAGAAUAUUCAGUAAGUACUUAGACACUUGAGUCAUUUACUUAGAAGAGUGAAUAGACUCGAUCCUUAGUCAUUUACGUUUGCGAAUAUUCGUUGUGGUUUUUAUUGCUUUCUACCCUUGGAUUUGUUUGCAAACUAUUAAAUUGAGAAUUUAUUUAUUUCAAAUAACACGUCGUUGUGUCAAACGUCAUUGAGAUUAACAAGCAUUUUGUAUUAAUUAGUGUAUGAAACAACUCAGAUACUUGUAAUUAUUGACAUCUGUUUAUUUGUCAUGUUACUUGCGAUUCGUGUAGGGUUCUUUAUAAUUUCUGGUACAUUGUGCAUGUGUACAUUGUAUCAUUUUUAUGAACAUCUGAAAAUCAAUGACAGUUGCCACCAACCUUCAUCAUCUAAGUGCUCAAAUUCAAAUUAUCAAAUUUGUAUGUGUAUUCAAGGGAGUGAAAUUAAUUUCACGUGAAUUUUGUCAAACUUUUGUAAAAAAAAAUAUUAGAACUGACAAAAGUAUUUCCUUAUUUCAUGAAAGUACUGUUUGAUAACACAGCAAUAUCGCAGGUGAAAAAUCAUGCCCACAAACGUCAGUUUUUUAUGUUUUAUAUAUUGAAAUUCCACGCACCAAUAUGGUUAAGCUCACAUACUGUAAAAUUCCGCAAAUUAGCCCCGGGGCUUAUAUUUUUCAAAGGCCCUUUUUGAGGGGCUUAUUUUUGGAGGGGCUUAUCUACGGAGGGAAAUUUGUGUCUCAAAAUCGAUUGGGCUAGCCUUAUAGCUGGAAGUAAAUUUACCUUUUUUGCUUUGUUUUACUUUGUAUUUGAGGGCAAUUUUCCAAUAACAAGCCCUUGGGGGGGCUUAUAUUUAUAGGGGCGAUUUAACCGAGGGUUUUUUAUGUUACCGGUUUGGGGGGCUUAUAUUUGGAGGGGCCUAUACAUGGAGGGGCAUAUUACGGAAUUUUACGGUAUUUCCUGAAGUUCACAAUUUUUUGAUUUUUUGACAUAAAGCCUGCCAGAAUCCUUCUUGCUGAUAUAAUAUUGCUGUUUUACUUUUCUUUAAUUCAAUGAUGUAACUUCCUCAUUUGUAAUGUCUUGAAAUCUGAACAACAACUUGGCCCUGAAAUUUGGCAUCGCCAUAGCAAUUUUCUGUUUCUACAUGUGCACCUGUGCCUUAAACUCCAUUCCACCAUCCUUCUGUUGCAUGCCUGUCUUACUUUAUGAUUUAGUAACCUCGUUGUAAAAACCUGUGAAGUUUUUCUUUGUUUUCUAGCUAUUAUUGUCUUUGGCUCUAUUGUGUUGACUUCUUGGUGGCUUCUUUGUAUUCUUCGUUUUCAACACUUGUCAGUUUUACAGGUUUUUACACUGUUGAUGAGCUGACAUUCUUUUCUGGAUGGCAAUUAGAUUUAGUUAGAUGAUGUUCAUUUCUGAAGGAAAGGUGAUUAUAAGGAUACUUGCCCAGCAGAAAAGUCAGCUUGGGACUUUAUAUGAACCCUGUCAAGCUUCAUGUUUUAUUUGUGAGUCACUCACGACCUCUCCCGGCUGGAGGAGGAAAAUGACUGACAUAAAAUAUUUGAAUGUUGAGCAUUUAACAUUGUUUUAAGUCCUUACUAAACAAAAUCAAGUGAGAUGCUUUUGGCACCAAGAAGUCAGAAACUGUUAGUAUGCUGAAAUGAUUUUAUAGCCAUCUGUAUAAUAGCCUGCGAAUAGCAGAAGUUUCUCCUUGCUCAUCGCCGCUAAGGGACGUAUCGUGAGGAGGAACGUCUGCAACUCAGCAACAGAAAUUCCAUACUGAUGAUGUAAAAUCUGUCCAGAAUCCAGUCAGAAGUGCUAAUUGGUCAACAGAGUAGUUUCAUUAUUUUAGCUAUUGUUUAUGAAUGACAUGAUAUUAAUUUGAGGAGGACUCGGAAAAAAAAAUCCGAGUCCCAGAUGGGAUUUGAACCCACGACCCUCCGUGAUCUAGUCGGAUGCUCUAACCACUUGAGCUACUGGAGACUCUAUGGUGAGCAAGGGCCAAUUUGUGGGUCUCGACUGGAACCGCAUCACGCGGCUACACAGUCAAGUAAUGAUAGGCACACAAGAAGUGAAGAACUCACUAACAGCAUCGCGCUGUCACCUUAAAGCAUAUCAUAUGUUUAUGAAUGACAGACAAAAGACAAAAGGCCGCAAAGGUCAAAUGUAAACGCAAUGAAUCUCUAACAAAACAGCCAAUAUUUGUGGAAUAUAGUCUUCUCUAGAAGCAUUUGAGUUUUGCUGGAGCCCAUUUGCAGAUGGAAACAACACUUUUAUCAAAAUCGACCAGGAGAUACGUAAAAUUGAACAAAUUUGCAUUUGGAGCCCCAUGACUGCCGGAUUUAUUAUGUAAACAUUGAUUUAUGUCAUCAGUAUGGAAUUUCUGUUGCUGAGUCACAGGUGUUCCUCCUUACGAAACGUCCUUCAGUGGCGAUGAGCGAGGAGAAACGUCUGCCAUUCGCAGACUAUCUGUAUAAUAAUUUUUAAUUUUCAAUUAGGUGGACAUGUGUUAUAAGGUUAUUGGCAAAACCAACAAUUUUUUAAUAAUGUUUUUGUUUUUGUUGGUAAUGACGUUUCUUUAAUACUCUAUGGAUUUUACUUCUUAGGGAGUGUUUUCACCAGAUGUGUUGGAAGCUUUGUACUCAGAAGAAUCUGAUAAGCAGUUAGCAGCCAUGCAAAAAUUUCGUAAACUUCUUUCUAAAGGUUUGUUGCUUAGUAAUGUCUUGGUAGGCAUCUACUUGAACCUCUGCAGCCAUGUUUGGGGUCCCAAAGACAGAGAUAAGAAAAAAUCUCAUUUUUACUUCAAUCUCCAACAGUGGCCACUGAACUGCAGUCAGGCUAUCUUGACACUUGUUUGAAUUGGAGGCACUUAAAAAACCCAUCUCAUAAGCCUCAUUUUAAAACCCUUUUCACUCUAUGGCAAAUACUAGACGAGUAUACAUGAUUAUUUAUUCUCCAUACUGUUCUCUGCACAUUUGGUGCUGAAAAGCAGAAUCUUAAAAUAAAGAACUUUUUCACCAAUUAUUUCCUUUUUGUGUUGUUUACAGUUUCCAUAGAAACUGUAACACUAUGCAUUCAUGUCGUGUCCAUAAUGUGCGUAAGUGAGAAAAACGACAAUUUUCAGAAGGCCAGACGCAAAAUAUUGUAUUAUUCAGUUUGCAAACAAGGAGAGUCUAGUUGUUGCUUGUCAUUUUAUCAUUUUCUUUUUUUCUAGUCAAAAGAAAUUUUGCAAAAGAGGGGUAAUAGACCUUUUCUGCAUUACUCUCCAGUGAGCAAACAUAAAGAAAUGAGGACAAGGCUCAGGUGGACAAUUUCAUACAAAUCUCUGUAUUUUAUCUACCUGAGCCUCGAGUUGAUGCCCUUGUUUACAGGAAUGCGGGAACGGUCUAUUGGUGUGUUCAUAACAAGAAGAUGAAGUGUGACCUGUUGCAUCCGAAAAAAUAGGUGUGACUGGUCGUGCCCCCCCAAAAAAACAAUUUUCUUGAUGCAAGAAGUCAAUCUUCAUUUUCUCUUUGAUGCUGGUCACCAGCAUGCUAUAUGACAGGAAGGCAAGGUGUAGCUUAAUGCGUCGGAUAAAUAAGCUUCACCUUGUGUGUCAAAAAUUAAUUGCUCUUCCAUGCAAGAAAUCAUGCUUUAUUUUCUUUAACAAAACUUGUGACAUUAAAUGUGUAUAUGACAUAGCAAGCUGAUAAAAUGGCAAGUUCACAACAGACAUAACAAGAACUGUAAACGUGUGCUCUCUCUAGUUUGCUACUUUUUCUUGUGACUCUUAUGUUGGAUUAAAGCAGUGUUUCUAUAAGAAGAAUUUGUUUUAAGGGGCUAGGAAUUAAUGAAGUUGGAGUUCACUCCAGAUAACCCUUUACUUAUUUUUCUUUCUCAAUGUGCUGUUUGUUUUUAGAACCUCAUCCUCCGAUUGAUGAUGUUAUUAGAUGUGAAGUGAUACCUAGGUUUAUAUACUUCUUACAAAGAGAUGACAAUAGCAUGCUACAGGUACAACCAUAUCUAUCAAAUCCAUCUUUAUUUUGGUUCUGUCCGUUUUCGGUUAAAAUAAGAUAACAUUCCUAUGGUCAUAAUGUAUUGUCCUUUUUUCCUACAAAAAAUCUUUGACUGGGAUGACUGUAACUCUAUUUAUAGUUUGAAGCUGCUUGGGCACUAACAAACAUUGCGUCAGGGACAUCACCACAGACGCAGUGCGUUGUUCAAGCAGGAUCUGUACCAGUUUUCAUCAGGCUGCUUGAAUCUCCUCAUGUAGAUGUUCAAGAACAGGUUAGAAACAGUUCUUUCUCAUGUGAUUUAGAGGUUCAUCUUCAAACUGUUAUUUGUGGACUGGUCUUGUUGUCAAGAGAUCUUUUCCUUACCUUUAGAUAAUUAUUAUUUCUACUUUAAAUUUAUCUUUCUACUGGUUUGGAUUGAUUUGGAAAACUGUGAGAGCCUUUAGAAAAAUUUGACCUACACCGCUGUUUCCUCUAUAUUCUUUUUAAUGGAAAAGUGAAAAUAGUGUGACGUUACAAGCACACAUGCACAUCUUGUUUUAAAGCUUGCACUACAUCAUUCAUUUGUUUUCAGGGUGUAAGCUCUAUGUCUUAUUACUUGAGCUGUUUUUUUUCUUCUUUUAGGCUGUCUGGGCUUUAGGGAACAUUGCUGGUGACAGUGCAGAAUGCAGAGAUUAUGUUCUUAACUUAGGAAUGCUACAGCCAGUUCUGGAGUAUGUUAAGAUUAUUACAAAUAUGUUCAAGUUGUUACUGAUUUUUUUUAUCCUUCUUUAAAAUGUCAGGCUCUUACUUAUUUUUUUUUCUUUUAACAGGCUCUUAAAACAGUCACCAAGACUUUCAAUGACAAAAAAUCUGGUUUGGGCACUCUCUAAUUUGUGCAGAGGAAAAAAUCCACCUCCUGAUUUUUCAAAGGUAUUCCUCGUGAAAUCUAUUUAAUAGCCAUCUGUGGUAUUAACUAGCGGAUCUUGCCUUUGAUUGCACUUCAAGUAACUGACUUCUUAUCAAAAAUUCCAGAUAGAAUCACAUAAUUGAAUGAAAUCUCACUUUCUGAUUGGUGAACGAAGUGAGGUAUUUAGUGCGGAAUUGCAAGUUGAAAACAAGGCUAAGUGAUAUUGUUUCGCAUCAGCGUAACAACUGUCGUCAAAUUCUAACACAACAACUCCAAAAACGUUUUUCUACAAUGUCAUUUAAAAAUGUUUUCAAAACCAUUGUCACCUUUUGAAGAGCCAAAAACAAACAAAAGUGUUUUUCAAAGUGAGCUGGAGGUUCUUCCUUGUUUUGAACUGAGCUACAAAUUCUUGGAGAGGCAUAAAAAACCUCUUUUGCUUGUGACAACAAGAAAGCAAGAAAAUCCUGUAAAUACAGCCCAGAAUAUGGCAAGCAAAAGUUCAACCAGACAAGAUGGAGAAGUAACAAUUCCCCUUUUUGUCUUUCGCUUGGAGACUUCAUUUCUUUCAGUGUUGAGCAAAUGAUGUGGAAAUUUGAGAAAAGAUUUUAUAGAUAAAUGGCUUGUAAAUUCAGUGAAAUACCACUAUUUAUCCUUGAGAUUAGUUUCAAGCUGGUUUAAAAAGUUUAAAAGCAAAUGUAAAAACAAGCACAAGAUACAAAUAAAGUUAUCAAGGUUCAAAUGUGUACGACUGACCUUGCUUCUUAUUCGCUAAUGCAAUGACAGUUCUGACAGUUGACCUUGAAAUGGCUUUCUGAAGCACUCGCUCAGGAUAAAAACAAACAAUAUUAUUGCUGUUUUCUUUUUCUGUUAUUUUUUUCAAUUAUGCGAUUCAAGGAAAAUCCAUUACCUGACUCGUGAAUUCCGUGUUGAAUUGCACUUAAAAACUGAUAUUGCACUCAUCGCUUCGCGAUUUGUGCGAUAUCGGUUUUCCCAUGCAAUUUAACACGGAAUUCCCUCAUCAGGUAACGAAUUUUCCUGUAGAAUGCUUAAAAACUUAAGGAUGCUGAUGAUUUCUCAAUGGCCAUGAUUGACCUGUGCUAUAAGGGAGUUUGUCGAGAUGUUAUUUAUGAUAAUCAUGGUGAUAAUCAUCUGCAGUGCUUGUGAUCUGGGCAGAGUUAAGAACAGCAAUGAUAACUCUAUUGAUUAUAUAAAAUGCUGCUUGCAAAACAACAGUGUAACACAAUGACACUGGUUGAAUCUUGUGAUAGUCCUGUAUUAGUUUGUGCUCAUAACUGUGAGGAUUAUUUUGAUCAUAUAAUUUCAUUUGUUCAGUUUCUGUUCUAUUGUGAUAUAUUCCAUGACAUUAUUUCAUCUGUAUAAGUCCGUUAAAGAACAGCUUCAGCAUGAACAAUAAUUAAAGUAGCAAAACCACACACCUUGCAGUUAGGAAAUAUUAGGUUUCUUGUGCAACUUUUCACAGUAUAACCUCUGCUGGUUGAUAGCGAUAAUGUAAUCGCCAAUGAUGUUGCUUAUUGAAAAAAUAGAACUCAACUUUUUGCAAACAAUUUAUAAUACUAAUAUUAUGCAUAUUUCCUCCAGGUGUCUGCGUGCUUACCAGUCCUAGCUCGACUUCUCUUUAUCAAUGAUGCAGAUGUUCUUGCCGACUCAUGUUGGGCACUCUCAUACCUCUCAGAUGGCCCUAAUGAAAAGAUCCAAGCUGUAAUAGAUUCUGGAGUUUGUAGAAGAUUAGUGGAAUUGUUAAUGUAAGAGCUCAAGUAACUUUGUGCUUAAAGGGUAAAUCUCAUGAACUGCACAUUUGCAAGCUGAAACUCAAUUGCUUCAAAAAUUCUGCAGAACGAGAGCAGGAAGAGCGAUUUUGACAGCUAUUUCCUGAGCAUGCGCAGAUUAUGAGACUACCCUUCAAAUUAAAGGAAGGUGGAACCUACUGCACAAUGUAUUGUAUCUGAUAGCAAUUUGAUUUUAUUUCAUUCAGGCACGACCUGACCCAUGUUGUGUCAGCUGCUCUUAGGGCAGUGGGAAAUAUUGUGACAGGUGAUGACGUGCAAACACAGGUAAGAUAAAAAUGAUAUCCAGACUUAAAUCCUUAACAUGGGAAAACAGUAGAACUCUGCAAUAUGAUCACUUUGUUAUUACAGUCAUGACCCUGGAUGGAUGUUAAUACAUGUGUAUUAUCAUUGUUUUGGCCAGAAUUUGUGUGCCAUGAAGUGGGGAUAAAAACAACAGCCAUCUGACUUUUUUAAAUACAAAAUGAAGAAAGCAAGGCAGAGAAUUUAUAUUGUAGAAACCAAGUUUUGGUUUAUUACAGAAAACAUUGAAAAAUGUAAGGAAAUUUUACAGGAAGGCAACUAAAGUAUCAUUGUACAGUCAAACCUCUUUAACACGGACGCCAAAGGAACAGGACCAAGUGUCUGCUUUACAGAAGUGUUUGUAUUAUAAAGGCAUUUCUGGGACCAAACAAACUGUCCCUAAGAGAGGUGUCCAUAAGGAGAGGUUAGACUGUAUAUAGGCAAAAAUGCCUUCUGUAGAUGAAAACCUUCUGGUAUGCGAUAAUUCAUAUGAAAAUUCUUUAGCAGUACAUUAAGAUGGUACUAUUUUGUUUUCCAGCAUUUCACAGAUGACGUUUGGAAAUUUUGUUGACUUUUGACCAUGACCUCUUUUGGUAGUGAAUUAUGAGGGAGUGGAUGAUAUUGGCAGUGGUGUUUAGAAGAACAAUUCUGUUCUUAAACCAAUUUUGUUCCUUUUCAGGUGAUUCUCAACUGCAAUGCACUUCCUAGUCUUUUACAUUUACUUAGUAAUUCCAGAGAAAGUAUUAGAAAGGAGGCAUGCUGGACAAUCUCCAACAUCACAGCUGGAAACAGAGCACAGAUUCAGGUAAGUUCCCAGGGAAAGUAAUGAUGCAGGGUUUACAAGAAAACUAACUUUAUUUCCGUAUUUAUUUGGCUGUAAGCCGGGUGAUUUUUACACAAAUUAAUGCUAAAGUUCAGUGAAAUUUGAACCCAAAAAAUGGUUUUAAUGCAUUGAAACUCUACUGAAUGGGAAUGCCGAGCAAGUAGCAGCAAAAAAUCAAAUCAACCGCAUAACUAGGAAUCUGAAUCUUAAGUUAGCUAAGCACAGAUUAAUUUAGUCUGGCAUCGUCAAAAUAUCCGACAAAAACAGAUCUCACUUAAAUUCUCACAUUGGUAAGUCUUUUUACAAAGAGGGAUGGUGUAAAACAUUUGAAAGGUGCCCCUUUCUUUUUGUGGCUUUGCUGUUUCCUUGUAUUCCCAGUGGUUUUGCUACAAAUAGUUCUGGUGAGUCCUGGGACUCAUCUUGUGAAAAGUCAUGAGUUCCAGUUUAAAAAAAAGAGUCAGAAAUUGAAAAUGCUUGGUCCUUUAUGCAACCAGACAGUUAGUCUGAAGUCAGACUCCAAAACUCUGUAUUACAGUACACUGAAAUUAAAAUAUAGUUGUUCUACUUUAAAGCACAACAAAGGCUAAAAGAAAUAUGCAUCGUUAAACAACAGCCAUAAUAACUGACACAGAAAUUACAUGAAUGGGCUGGAUAUUUCUACAAUACACAUGUUCAGAUUGAUCUUUGUGUCCUGCGGGAUGCAUGCCAUGAAUUAUUUUGCGUCUUUAGGGAUUUUUAUGUGUCAUGGACGUAGGACAAAAUCACUGCCCUUUCUUGUUGUGGCUUUGCUGUUUCCUUGUAUCCCCUUUAUGUUUCCCCUCCCCUUCAAAACCACCAGCUGUGCAGGCUCAGGCUCUGCAAGGUAUUUAAGGGCUGUAAAUGUAACCUUUAGCACCUGUUAUGGCUGAGCUCACUUGACGUUACGGCUGAUCAAACUAGAAAGCUAAAGAUCAGCGUGCAAAGAAAGUAGUGUUCGAUAGCCCGGUGCUAGUGGAUUUUGGUAUCGGGCUAGUGAAUUCUGUUCUUAACUUGCCCAACGGGCAAGUGACGUUUUCUGAGGAAUUCAACUUGAAGAACUGUGAAAUCAAUGCUGCUCAUCAAAAAGUUUUUUGGGCUAGUUGAAAUGACGUUUGGGCUAGUAUAUGCCAGCUUCAGCUUGCCUGAAUGGCAAGCUGUAAAAAUGACUUUCUUUGCGCCCUGAAGAUAAAAUUUCUAUUUUGAGAGUUGUUUUGCGUGAAUCUUCAUUUGCUUUGGCAGCUUCCAAACUUAAUCACAGCCCUGAGGCUACCACGACUCCAAAGAACUACUGAAGGAAGUCAUUUAGCCUGUGAGCAAGCUCUCCUAUUUGGGUGAGCGAAGAGAGCCUUGCGAGAACGGGCGAGCGAGGGUGCCCCUCGAGGCUUCGCCACUCGCUCGCGCAUUCUCACGAGACUGGCUUCGCUCGUCCAAAUAGGAUAGCUUGCUCACAUGCUAGAAGUCAUUUUGACUCUCAGUAGCCUAGAGCCCAUAAGUGUUUAGCAAUGCUGGUGAUUUGACAGACUAAUAUUCUGAUACAAAGUUCUUCUGGUCACUAAAAGCUUUUUACUUCCAACAUGACAGCGAGAAAACAAAACAAAAGAUCAACUUGUUUUGCUGGACGUAGCUCCUUGUUACUAUCAGAACUGUCAAUUAUGUACGCAUCUUCAUGAAUUUACAUUUACACAGGACCACAGACUUUUUAAGCUGAACUCAAGUUAAGCACUUAGUACAUGAAAUGUGCUUUAAAUGUGUUAUAUAUUAGUUAUUUGCUUUUUUACAGGCAGUGAUAGAUGCUAAUAUCAUUCCAAUGUUGGUGGAAAUUCUUAGUAAGGCAGAGUUUAAAACGAGAAAAGAGGCAGCUUGGGCCAUAACCAAUGCCACAUCUGGAGGAACAUCACAACAGAUAAGGUUGAUUACAGUAGUUUUUUUAAAACAUUAUAGUUUGUUGCAUCGUGUUAUAAAGAAAAUGGAGUGUAAAUGCUUGGGGUUAGUCAUGCACACAACUUGACAAAUUUGUGACUCAACAUGCAAUUUUUGCAGCCAAUUUUUUUUAAAACUCUUUCGGUGCGACCGGGAAAGCCAUGAACACUUGAAAUAUUACAGGAAUGUGUUUUGUGUUGUGACCAAUCACAGCAAAGAUGAGAACACGCGAACUAGCCAGAAAACCGCAAACUAAUUACCGUUCUUGCUUGCGGUUUAGUUUUCUGAUGCCUGAUUGGCAUUUUUCUUGCAUCACAAUGACAUUCCAGAAAUAUUUGUGGUGUUUUCGGUUUUCCCGGUUUGACCUAGUCUGCUACACAGCCGUUUUUAGAGUCGUCACGCAAUGCUCCUCCCUCCCUGUGGGGAGAAGCGUUGCGUGACGACACUAAAAACCGUUGUGUAUUAGGCUAGGUUUGACCGUAAUGGCAAACAAAAUGAUUGCAUCUUGCAGCAUUUAUGGAGGAUGGUGUUCUCACCUCCACAGCACCCCACCCCUGCUCCUCCCCCAGAUUGAUGUAUUCAUGUAAGAACUCUCUGAUUCUCCUCCCAUAACAGUUACCUGGUCAGCCAAGGAGCUAUCAAGCCUUUGUGUGAGCUCUUGACGGUUAUGGAUUCAAAGAUUGUUCAAGUUGCGCUUAGUGGAUUAGAAAAUAUUUUAAGAGUGGGAAAACAGGAGGGACAUCAGAUGGAUGGUGUUAAUCAGUUUGCUGUUAUGGUGGAGGAAGCGUAUGGUAAGACAUCUUCAUUUUCCUCUAUUUAAACUACUAGGUACCCGUUUCCCGAGAAUCCCGGUAAAUUUUCGGGCCCGAAAAGCUGUUUAUAUUUGCUGGAUCUGCAUUCAAGAUCUAAGUUUCAAUUGUUUUGAAAAUGAUACCAUGAAACUAUCAGUUAACGAAGCAAAAUUGACUGGUUUUGCGCCAGGAACCGUGUUACUGUUCAACAGGUUUUUAUUUCAAAAUUUGCCUUCAGGUCCGAAAAGUUAUCGGGCCUUUCGAGAAACGGGCCCUUGGACCGGGUUGUUUAAAAGUGAGUUAGGAUAACCCUGGGUUAGUGCGAAAUUUAAAUUCAGAUUUGAAAGCUUGAAGGACAAAUUCAGUUUAGUUAGUUUUGUCCACAAUUUGAUGACUAGAUGCUCUAAAAAGAAUAGAAAAUGUUUUUCACAAAAGAAAAAAAAACAGAUUGAAAUGUAAUCCCGGGUUAGUGCUAAUCAACCUUCGAACUAUUGGGCCCAGAUGUACCCAGGAUUGAGUUCCAUCUCAAAUGUUAAGCAAGACUGUAAAAAUUUAUAGGGCUAAUUCCAAAAGAAAGGUAUUUUAAUUAUUUUUCAAGAGCUUUUAUCUCUAGUACCUUUCAGUACUUAUAUUGGCUACCCUGAUGAUCCUUGAGGUCUUUGCCCGGAAAGCUUUUACUUACUUUCCUUGUACAUUUAACUCUCUGAAACAUACACCUUUGGAAGCGGUUCAGCGUGUCUUAGAUGUUCUAUUGGGACCAACAGUUUCAACCAAAAACGGUUUUUUUCCCCGAUAGAACACUAAAAAACCCAACGAACUAAGAACGGUUGAUCCCACAGGGGCACCCAACGUCAAUUUUCGGGAAAAUAUCUGUUCGGAAGACGAUUUGAGAACUAGAAUUUUCGGAACAUUUGUUGUAAAGUUUCUUGCUUGCCUGCCUCUCCUAGGAUUUUCGAACAUCUACAAAAUGGUAUAAUUACCCAUUUUAAACAGAUAUUUACCCUAAAAAAGGCCACCUAGAAUUUUCGGGAGCCUUUUCCUGGCUGAAAUUUUCUAAAAGGUAAGUUUUGAUCCCUAUAAUUUUCGGAUCACUAGACUUUCAGCUAGAAAAUCCGAACAGAUGAAAGUUUUUAGGGGAUAAAAAUAUGCCUAUAUCUACCGUUUAAAUACUAAAAUACGUUCAACAAUGCUAUGUUAAGUGGUUUUGAACUAUAUCCUCGUUGGGUGCCCCUGAUCCCAAUAGGACACGACCUUUGAGAGAUGUUCAUCUAAUCUUAUAGAGGAGUAAAGACUGUUUUAAAAGUUUCUGUUGUAACAAAGUGUUUGUCGUGUAGAGUGAAAGGUGCAAAGAAAGGGAGGGACCCACUCCAGGUGCUCGUUUUAGCGAUGUGUCCAUGUCAUAGAUGGUUACCGGUCGUUUCGAUACAAGUUUACUCAGUUGAGUUGUGAAUAGUUCCACGUAGUUGACCUAAGGAACGAAGAAUGUUCACCCAAAAUGUUUUUCUUGUUCACGCAUCCCAUCCUCGUCGCCAAUUUAACGUCGAAUUUACAUUUUAUGUACUUCACAAUUCGUAAAGCUACCGCUAACGUCCGUUACUCGCUCUAUUCUAGGAUAACCUCAAACGUUAUGUAACAAUACCUAAGAUGCAUACCAUAAGCGUCACUAUGCCUGUCACGCAUGAAGUCACGCCAUUACACAUACUGAAUUCGAAGAUUCAAAGUGAAAGAAAUUUUUGUGCUAUUUCACUGCUUGAGUUCGUCGCGAAACGACUUGUAGACUCUUGCAGUCAGCCUUUUCUCUUACAUCCGUCUAGUUCUUAUCUCAGCCAGCGCGAUUGCAAACCACGAUGUUACGUUACGGAUUUUAAGAGAAAAGGCGGACUGCAAGCAGUCUAAACGACUUGUUUCGAAACGAUUUUGUAUCGAAACCACUGGUUUCCUCACAGAUAACCCAUAAACAUAAAUUAAUUGUCUCUCUUUAGGUUUAGACAAGAUUGAAUUUCUUCAAAGCCACGACAAUGAGGAAAUCUACAGAAAAGCAUUUGAAAUAAUUGAAUACUAUUUUAGUGGUGAAGACGAAGAUGACAAGAUUAUGCCUGGCAUUGAUCAGGAAGCGAACCAAUACCAAUAUGCAGGAGUCAGCGUGCCCCAGGGAGGCUUUCAGUUAUAAACUGCGUGUGCUUCGGCAAGACUGAAACUGGACUUAAAAUCCCCCGUUCCUACACCGGAGAAGAGACCCCCCUUGACGAGGAGCUGAUGACAGACAGGACACCCCUCCCUACCCUCCCCUCCCAUCAUUGCUAAGCCACGCACGCACUUAUCUGAAGUGUGUAGAGCCUGCAAACCUCCAUCGCGCGAGCGAGACGAGAGAGAGAGCGAGAUAUAUGGUGAACCCCACCCAACCCCUAUGAGGAGAACUCCAAGACCCCUGCCCGUCUUAUAAAAAGGCUAGAAAAUACAUUGAGACAGUUGAGACGAUAAAGACUGAGAUAUAUUGUGAAUCCCACUCAACCCCUAUAAGGAGAACUCCAAGACCCCUGCCCGUCUUCUAAAAGGCUAGAAAAUACAUUGAGACAGUUGAGACGAUAAAGAGUGAGAUAUAUGGUAAAUCCCACUCAACUUCAAUAAGGACACCCUCAGGACCCCUACCCGUCUUACGUUCAUUAAGGCAAUUGAGACGAGAGAGAGUGAGAUAUAUGGUGAACCCAACCCAACCCCCCUUAAUGAGAACUCCGGGACCCCACCCUUCCCGUCUUAUAAAAGGUUAGAAAAUACAUUGAUCUCCAGGGAAGAAAUCUAGUAAAAUGACCCCAGACAUAAAGAGUUGAUACCCAAAACGCCGGAUCCCCAAGGAGGCGUUCCCGUGUCCAUAAAUAUCCCCACAAGACUGGAUCUUUAAGAGAGAGAGAGAGAGAGUUACCCCGCGAUAAAAUUGUUCCACAGUAGGUAUACCCCGAAAGAAUGGACCCCGUACCUCCCCAUAUUGGUGGUGAGAAUAAAGACAGAAUUUACAGAAAGGGACAAUAAAUGUUAGAUUUCUUUGGGCUUCAUUUUGUGCUCUUACGAAAUGCAGAGUGCUAGUUGACUUUAGUCGAAGCCAAUAACUUCGAGAGACGUUGCGUAUAGCCUAGAUGAUUUAGAAAGGGCAUUUGAAUGUAACGAGAGAGACACUGAUCAUGCUUUUUAAAUUUAAAGCAAAGACUUGAAUUUAAUGAAAAACGCUGCGAGCAUGUAUAUACACA